AUGACUCGUCUAAUUCGUCGACGUUCAAUGGAACGCUUAGAACUCUAUGAUUUGGAUAAAUUGGCUACCGCUCCUUCAACGAAUUGCUCUUUACGAGCAUCACCAUUACCUCCUCCUCGACAAACACCACAACGCCGUUCGUCAAUGAAUCCAGCUUAUGAACGUUACAAAUUUCUUUGUAAUAUGUCGCGUAGUCAAACGGAUCCGAUCUACGCGGCAACACCAAUGUUUACGACGAUUCCACAAUCGUCACAAGAUUAUUCACAACGGCAAUUAUUGGGAUCUUCUAUUCGAUUAGAAAACGUUCGACCACUAUCGCCUAAAAUGCCUAAGUCACCUGUACCGAAAACUGCUGAAAUCAUUGAAGAAGAGAAAGAAAAUGAAGAUGAACGGUCCGAAGAUUUUCAGUUAGAUAACAAGAACGAAGACAAAGAGAACGACAACAUUAGUAUUGACAGUGGUAGCGGUGAUGAUAACAACGACCGAGACGUCGUUAAUGACGACGAUGACGAUGAUGCUGAUCAUAAAAGCAUUGUGGAACAAAUAUUCAAUAGAGACAGAGAAAAUAAGGAUUAA